AUGUCAAUUAACACACAAAAUAACACCGACGAACCUGUAAACAAAGAUUUUAGUUAUUUAUCUGGGUUGAUUAGAAUUCUUGCAGAUAGAUAUCCCUCUUUUCUUCCAAAAUUUAUUGAAUCAUCAGAAACAAUCUACGAAAACGAAAUUACAAAAGACUGGUUUUAUAUUAAUUUUCAAAAGCGUCUCAAUAGUCUCAACAGUGAUACUAAAAAGAAGUUAAAAGAUAAAUUAGUUCAUUUGUUUAAAAUACAGGCAAUGUUAUCUGAUUUAAAUUCAUCACUGACAGAUGUUUCAAUUGAUGUUGGUGUGUCUUUAAAAGAGCACUACAACAACGCCUUGAAAGUAAUUAAAAUUUCAGGUGUAUCAAAAGAAGAUCAUUUCAUCAAAAUUCCUGUUGGAUAUGGUUGUCCUAAGCACAUAUCCAUCGGGUCAACUAGUAUUAAGAUUCGCAUUCAUGUAAAUUGCCCAGAUGAUUGGAAGCUUAAUGGUUUGGAUAUUAUUCAUUACGUUUCAGAUGAUGAACUUCAAAACAGAUCUUUUGUUUUCUUGUCUGGAAAAACACUUUCCCUUUCAAAAUUCAACAAAGAAAUGACAAUAUCCGGUUAUGGGCUUCGUUCAAAAGAACGCAUUGGAAACUUAGUUUUAAAAACCAGAAACACAGAACCUCAUUAUCCUAUAAGUCAUAAAGUUCCAACUACAGCCAACUACAAUACUGGAGAAAGUCAAAGAAAGGUGUCAUCAGGUAUUAUACCCUCAAAAAAUUCAAUUAAUGGUUUAUAUGAAGCGCAAUCGUAUGGAACACAACAGGGUAAUACCGCACAAGAAAGAGAUCAAAAUAGUGAAAGUAACAACUAUGAUAGUCUCACCUUCAAAAUAAGUAGUUCUAAUGAACCAAUUGAGAUAAAGAACAUAACUUAUUAUCCAUUCAUCUUAAACAAUCCAAGCUCCUCUGAAAGAGAUAUUGUACUAAGGGUAAAUAUUCAUACAGACUAUAUGAACGAAAUAAAUGAAAAAGAAACUUUUGAACCCAAAGGGGUUUUUAGCACCGACAUGAAAGAAGAUAUUAUUCUUUGCAACGUUCUUUUUGGUAAUGCUUUUAAGACAAUAGAAGAAUUGAAUAAAUUCAUAGAUGACAUGCAAACCAAAUUCAACCUAAAAUAUUUUGAUUGUUAUGAACUCAACCUUAAUGAAAAUUAUGUAGUUUUAGACCACUACCUUUAUAAAACACUAUAUGGAUUUAUCCCUCUAAUCUAUCCUAUUCCAAAGAAUUAUCGAAACACUGACGAUUACAAAAACUGGUUUUUUGUGUUCUUUAAUUACCUCCAUCCAUCUAACGAAAUCUCUGCAGUUAUUAUACAUAAAAAGGAGAAAAAUACUCAGAUUAGAUAA